AUAAAGAACUCUCAGGUUCUACCAGUAAAAUGAAGGUACAGUUAAUAUGUGUUUUGCUGAUUUCUACGCUUUUUGUACAAUACGUAGAAUGUGGUAAAAAGUUAAAAUUAAAGAAAAUCGCAAAAUAUGCAGCGCCUCUUUUAUUAGCCGGCAUCGCAAAAAAACCAACCAUCAUCCCUAUUCCAUUUAUAGUUCCUAUUUUGAAACACAUCACUACAAGUCAUCAUCAUGUUCCAGUAGUUAAACACGAUAUUGGAUAUCAUCACAUUAAAGUUCUUCACGGUGGAUUUCACGAUGACCUCUAUGGAGGAGGACUUCACGAUGGAAUUUACGGUGGAUUCCACGGUGGUUGGAAUGAAGGAUGGUGGUAG